AGUAGAGUCCGUGUGCUUUUGUCACACCACGACCGACUCGUUCAUUCUGCAGAAUCCUAUUUCUUACCCAUAGUGAAAUGAAAGUAGCGAUUAUGCUCCAUAGCUUCACUAUUCUCCUUUCAGUGGCUCUUUUGGUAUUGGUAAUACUAGAUGCAUACUUAUAUGCUUGGAACACUGAUGAUAAUGGAGUUUCACUUGGUAGCAACAGCUUGGCUUCAUGCGCACCUUGGAAAAAUGGUUGUAGUGAUUUUUGGGGAAAAAUGGGAAACGAACACAGGAUUGGACUAAUAGUGCACUUAUGCUCUAUUCCAUUCAUAAUUGCUAUAAUCCUCAUUCUAUCACUUGCAUUAUUCACACGAGUGAUUCGAAAAAAGAUAGCUGUCAUUAUCUUGAUCUUGUUCAGCUGGCUCGUACUCUCAAUUUUGCUAGCCUCCUCAUUUUACAAAAAGAAUACAUUGAAAAUUGGGAACACACGCGGGUAUUUCUACAAUGUGAGUUCAAUUUCUAAAGUUCCUAAAUGUUUUGGAAUCUCAUUUUGAUCUACUCACAGUAGGAUUGCCUCAAAGCGAAUUUGUGCAAAAAGAAAAUUGGCCAAAAUAUAUUUCUUUGGCAUCUUUACUAGUUUCCUUUUCUAUCACUCAAAUUUUUGCAUUUGGCGGAUAUCUUCGCCCAAGUAUCACAAUGCUUUCAUUUGAAGGACACUACCAACGGUACGCGCGAAAUAAAAAAUUGGAGAAGAAUAUGGUAUCCGUCACACAUCUUAAUAAUUUUUGAAUUUUGUAAAAUCAAUCAACUGAAUGAAUGUU